AUGGAAGAUCUGAGUUCAGACAGCAAGCGAGUGCAUCUCGACGAAGUGUUGGGUGAUCUGGGCGCGUUCGGCCCCUACCAGCUGGUGACGAUGGCCAUGCUGGCAUUGGUGUACGCCACUAAUUCCAUGUACAACGUCAACUAUGUUUUCGCUGUCGAAGAUGUUGGAUACAGAUGCAAGAUGCCUGCGUGUGAAACCGCUAAUUCAAGUUUCUACGCUCCGUGGCUGAACAAGUCCCAGCAGUGGGACGAGCCUAUCAAACAAUGCUGGCUUCCCACCACCACAUCGGACUGCCAGAUAUCCUAUCAUCAUGGAAAUGAGCGGUGUACAGAGUGGGUGUAUGAAAUUCCUGACAGCUUUGUAGCUGAGUUCGGCCUGGCCUGCGAGGACUGGAAGCCGACGCUGGUGGGCACCGCGCACAGCUUUGGCAGCAUGCUGGGCCUACUCGUACAAGGACAGAUCUCUGACAGGUUCGGACGCAAGACGGCAGCGGUGUUCGCGGGUACGAUGGGCGCUGUACUGGGUCUCACCAAGAGCUUCGCCACCAACUUCUGGUGCUACGUGUGCCUGGAGGCGCUGGAGGCAGCCAUCGGAGACGCUCUCUCGCCUAUGUUCAUGUUGAGUAUAGAAAUAGUGGAGAAGAAGCGGGUAGUACUCUUCCAGAUGAUACUUCUAAACUGCUACACGUGCGGGCUAAUCGUGAUGCCUUUCAUAGCAUACAUGGUACCCUACUGGAGGAGCUUCCUCCGAGUCAUCUACGCGCCAACCCUUCUAAUAUUAGCAUAUGCUUUCUUCCUUGAUGAGAGCAUUCGAUGGCUGUACAGCAAGGGGAAGAAAGACAGAGCUGUAAAGCUAAUACAGAAAAUUGCUAAAAGAAAUAAUGUGGAACUGGACAAGAGACAGCUGGAUAGACUGGACUACUUCGAUGAAGAGACUAAGCGUGGUCAAGUCAGCGACAGGCUGGUAUUAUUGAAGACCUUUAAAUCGAAGAUUAUGAUGAAAAGGUUUGUCAUCUGCAUGGUGUGGUGGUUUACGAUCACCUUAAUCAACUACGGUAUGAUGAUUAGCUCGGUACUGAUUGCUGGUAACAAGUACGUGAAUUUUGCCCUCCUCAUGCUGAUGGACAUACCCUCCAACGUGUUCUACUGGUUGGUACUCUCCAAGUACAAGAGGAAACUGCCACUGUUGAUGGCAUUCUUUGUCGGCGGAGUGUUUUGUAUUUCACAGCCGUUUGUACCCAAAGCUUACGCUUGGCUGGGCGUGGCGCUGUUCAUGGCGUUCGAGAUGCUGGCGACGUUCUCGUACAACAUCGUGUACAUUUACACCUCGGAGCUGUUCCCCACUUACACACGCAACUCCAUGCAUGCCAUAUGCUCAGCUGUAGGACGGAUGGGAUCGCUCCUUGCGCCGCAGACACCUUUAUUGAUGUCUUAUUGGUAUGGACUGCCAACAUUCCUCUUCGGAGUUACGUCCAUCCUAUCCGGGUGUUUAACGCUGUUCAUGCCAGAGACGGCGAACACCGAGCUGCCAGACACAGUAGACGAGGCCGAGCAAAUUGGACGAACGCCAAAGUCUCAGGCCCCUCUGCUCCCAGAAGAAGAAAAAAAUCCGGAUAAAGUCACAUAG